GUUUGCAGUGAUUUGGUUAGAAGAAAAAACAUAACAGCAAGUCUUGAGUUUUGUGCUCUGUCAAACAAUUUUAUAGGUCUCAGCAGGGCACCUACAAAAAUGAGUAAAACCAAAAUCAAGUAGAGCAUUGUGGACAGUGAGCCUCAUCUCCAUCAUCAAACAUACAAAUAUCCGUAUAUAAAGAUUCAUAGCAGCUACAAACUGUACAAAUGUAUUUAUUUAUUUUGAAAGACUGUUUCUCGGUUCACCCUACACUCCUACUUUGACUAAAGUUAACUUACUGUAUAAACAUGCAUAAAUAUAAAAAUGCCAAAAAACAAAAUUAGGACGAUUUUUUCUACACAUUUCUACACAUAUAGAACUAUGAAUGUAUUUAUAUGUAUACGUAUAUAUAUUUUUUGAUUUAUAGUAACAACAUUUUACGAGCAAAAAUUAAUAAACUAUAGCGCUUGCGAUUAUAUGUGCUCUGUAUCACUCUGUGGCAGGACUGAUACUCCACACACAAAAUGAAUCUAAAAACAAUUUUCAUAUAUUAAUUAAAUAAAAAAUGCAUUUAAAAAGUGGCGCUGGCGGUUAAUAAAUGUGCGAAUGUGUAAAUGUCUGCGAAUUUGCAUGUCGUCUGUGCAGAUGAACAUCAGGAUAAUGUUUAUCACUAUUAAUAUUCCUUUAUGUUUAUCGUUUGAUCAAACCCUCAUACCUAACUGUCUGUUUAUGGAAAAAAGUUAUUCUUAAAGUAGUUUCUUUUUAAAAAAAAAUAUAUAUUUAUUUCUACGAGGCUACUUCUAUCAUACCGGCGCACGCGCGCAGACACACACGCACUCACACGAGGACACAUUGGCCAUGUGAUGUGAAUGCCCCCUGUUCCUGUUACAGAAGGAGGGAGGCAGCAGUUGAAUGUAAACCUUCACACUGAUGGAGAGAAGCGGCCAACAUCAGGAGUUGAGUGGAGUCAGUGAGCGCUGUACUUUUCCAGUAUGUGCAGGUUUUUUUGUUUUUCCUCCGGCGCGGAUUAUUACUCCGGGAAACCUCGGCCUCUAAUGGGGAGCAGCUGCAUUAACUAGUGAACAGACUUCCAUUAACUGUUUUUCUUUGCCGCCAGCUAGGUCACUGAGUGCGCACACACUGUGGGUUUAUCCGCAGGAAGAGGGGAGGUAGGCUCCCUGUUUAGUGGCACUUUUUUUCUCCUCUUCUAAUAGAGAAACCGGAUCACGUGAACAGGUGGCGUUAUCUUUCGCUUAAAAGCCCCGAGGAAGUCAGAGAGGAGAGAAGAGGGAGUCACAAAGGUGCUGCAGGCAACAGCAUGGGCAACUCCUCCAGGAAGGGAGGGGGAGAAGAAGAGGAGGAAGAGGAGGGGAAGGAUGGCGAAGAGGCAGAAUUUUCCGAGAAGGAGAAGGAAGUAGUGCAGGAAAUAGAGGAGGAACUUCCGCUUGGAGUGGAGGAGUUGCUGGAGAGUGGGGACCCCGUGUUGGACUUGAGCUACCGUAAAUUUAAGCGUUUGCCUUCACGUGUUUGUGAUCUGAUGCAUCUGGAGAAGCUUUAUGUUUGUGGAAACAGCCUGCGCACCCUGCCCGACAGCAUCUCCCAGCUGCAGGGUCUGCGGAUACUUGCCCUCGACUUCAACAAAAUAGAAGAUGUUCCUCUGGCCGUCUGCGACCUCACUAACCUCACCCGCCUCUAUCUGGGCAGCAACCGCCUAAUGAGCUUUCCACCUGAGCUGAGCAACCUGCAGAAUCUGCGGUGCUUGUGGAUGGAGAGCAACUACUUCCAGAGAUUCCCACGGGUGCUCUAUGACUUACCCAACCUCAAGUCCCUCCAGAUGGGGGACAACCGCCUGAAGACUCUGCCUCCUGACUUGUGGCGCAUGGAGGCUCUGAGGGGAUUGUGGCUCUACGGAAACCGCUUUGACACCUUCCCAAAAGUCCUGCUUCGAAUGAAGUCCUUGGAGAUCUUAGACCUGGACCGCAACAAGAUAUCAGAAAUUCCCAGCCUGAAGCGUCUCAGAGCCCUGCGCCUUUUCUCCUAUGACCACAACCCAGUCGAGGAACCUCCUAUAGUGGGUGAAGACGUCUUCUUGGUUGGGGAGGGAGCUGCAGAGUUUUUGGAGGUGCGUGAGGCCAGGAAGGAGAGACGACGAAAGGCCGCAGAGAAAGAGGCAGAAGAGCUGGCACUGGCAGGAGAGGAGCCGGUGAUUCAUGGCAUCCUCAAGAACAGCAGCUCAAAGCAAGCGCCAAAUGAAGCUGCAGUGACCAUAGAGGACACAGAUGUUAAAGAGGAAGAGCCUCUGAUGAAGGAGGAAGAAGUGGAGGACGAAGUGGAGGAAGAGGAAGGAGGGUAUGUGGAGCCUCCGGUAAAUGAGUAUGGCGGGACUGAGCUCGAAUAUGACGAAGAGGCGGUCGAAUAUGAGACAGAGGAGCUGAUAUGUGAGGGAGAAGGGUUUGAGUUUGAGGGAGAGGAGCUAGAGUAUGAGAGGGCUGAGAUGGACUAUGAGGAUGUGGAGGAGCUGGAUGACACAGGGAGACAAGAUGAAGGGGCGUGA